AUGGUUCGCUUUGAACGAGUCCAGCCCCUUCGAAAAACCGCCCAUUGGUUCUGCUGCCAAGCUCACAGACGUCAGAAGCGAACAGCGUCUCACUCUGUUCAGGCGGUGGAGGACCUGAAGGCUCGUGGACGUCUUGGUCGUCCCAUCCUCUGCUCUCUUCACCCCGGCCAGGAGCUCAGGCUCUUCUGUCAGCUCUGCGACCUACCCGUAUGUCUGGACUGCGCUUCCACGCUGCACAGAGACCACCACUGCUGUCCUACGCACGACGUCAUCGACCAUCACGGUGACCGUAUUCGAGAUCUGGUCAGCACGCGUCUACGACCCCGACUGGAGCAGAUGGAGGAAGUUCUACAGAAGGUGGAAACUUCCCAGGAGAAUUUGAAGGUACGGGUCGAGGCAACAGCCAGUGAGAUCAGAGCCUUUGCUCGAGGCUACGCCAGCGCUGUGGAGGCCCAUUGUCUGUCUCUGCUGCGGCGCCUAGAGGAGCUUCAGGUCCAGCGCAGAAACGUCCUCCACCUGCAGAGCGUGCAGCUGCAGCAGGGCCUGCUGGAUGUCCGAGGCAGUGUGGCGUUUGCCGAGCGCCUCCUGAGCUGUGGGUCUGACGCCGAGAUCCUCAGCGCUAAAGGAGUGACUCUAAGACGACUCGCCAGCCUGGCAGAGAGAGGCUAUAACCCUUGUCCAGCGGCGGUCGCCCCAGACGAUAGCAGCAGCAUUUGCUUCCUGCCCAGAGAGCCAGCCGGAGAGGUGGAGGGCUACCCAGUGGUGGGUGUGAUUAACUGGAGGACGCUGGAUGUCAGCAGGUGCACCAUUGAAGGAGAAGGUCUGCGGCGGGGCAGCGAGGGCCAGCCGGGCCGUUUUAGCCUGGUGUGUCGAGACUCAGCCGGGGAGCAGAUGGCUCGAGGAGGAGAGCAGGUCCUCGUCAGCAUCGUCCACAAAGAGAAGAAGAACUGCGCUGUGGAGACGGUGGUGGUGGACAACGCUGAUGGAACGUACAGCGUUUCAUACAAGCCUGAGGAACCAGGACCUUACUCUGUGUGGGUUUGUGUCAAAGCCCAGCAUGUGAAGGGUUCUCCGUUCCUGCUGAAUGUGAAGAAGAAGUUCAGACACCACGGUGGGACGUUCCACUGCUGCUCCUUCUGCUCCAGUGGAGGAGCCAAAGAGGCAAUCUGUGGCUGCGCAGGAACGAUGUCAGGAGGGUUUAAAGGCUGUGGUCACGGUCAUAAGGGACAUCCCGGGAAGCCCCACUGGUCCUGCUGCGGCAGCACCACUGAGAAGUCUGAGUGUUUACCUCCGAGCGUGUUGGCUGCUGUCUCUCCUCGUGGACAUCUGCGCACCGUGGAGCUGUGAGGGACCCAGAGAUGAGAACACAGAUCCAUCUAUAUUCUUGUCGUUGUUAUAAACAACAUUACAAUGGAACAAAUGCAGAGCUCUCAGUCAAAAACGGUCUGUUCUCUGGUGUUCACAUGUCUGUGGACAAUUAUUUCACCUAAAUGAAAAUGUGAAAUCAUUCUUUACUUGUUUCCAUCAUAUAGAGGAUUUUUUAAUAAAUGACAUCUAAAAAAAAACACUAUUAAAUACAGCCAUGAUGUGUUGAGCUCCACUGUAUCCCCUCUGUGGGCAGAUCAUGGCUCAGAAGAACAACACAUCUCCUGGUAGACCAUGCUGACUAACACUAACCCAGCUGAAUGUUGCCGACCACAGUCUCCUCCAGUAACUGUAACAGCCCAAACCACUACACCACCUCCACCUUGGGUCUAAUCCUAACCCUGGCUCUAACGAGGUUACCCUAACCCAAACCACUACACCACCUCCACCUUGGGUCUAAUCCUAACCCUGGCCCUAACAGGGUUACCCUAACCGAAACCACUACAACACCUCCACCUUGCUUUUGUUGUGGCUCUAAUCCUAAAGGUUGGUUUAUGCUUGACGCGUCCGUGAGGUCCGCACGGCUCCGCGCGGAAAAGUUGCGUCAUUUUAACAACCACGCCCCUCCACCGCACCUCCGCACGGCCCAAAAUUUCCGCAGCGCGCACCUAGGAAAUUUUCUAACCACGCGGACGGUCGGACGCGGAAAAGCAUGGCGGACCGGCAAGAACUAGUAUGGCAGAGGUUCAUAAAUACAGACAUUUGUGUGAUUCAGCUCUCAGAGAUCACCGCGAUCAACAUGUUGUUAAUAAUUCUUGGUGAGAAAUAGCUCGCACUGUCAGAAAAGACAAGGACCCUGUUAAAAAUGCUGGAAUGCCAUGUUGUAAACAACAGUAAUUUUUACUUCUACUAUGGUGUAGUGUUGGAUGCAUGUCGUAGAGCUCCAUGCUGCCCCCUACAGUUUGGGAGAAUAUCGGCUCACCGCAGAGACAAGCCGCUUGAACCAUAAACGCUGCAAGUUGUGAAGCGCGUUCCAUCCGCGAGCCGCAUCACCAAGCGGAAAGUAAAUGCGUCAACCAUAAACCAAGCUUAACCCUGGCUCAAACAGGGUUACCCUAACCCAAACCACUACACCACCUCCACCUUGCUAGUGUCUUGCCUCUAACAGGGUUUCUACACCAAAGAGGUUCCUGUGCUUGUCCUUAAAAAAUAGUCUUGUGACCCAUAAUAUCUGUCAGACAGAUUAGACAUACACGACUAUUGUAAGAAAACCACCCAUUUGUAGCUUUUCCCUCCCCCGCCCCCAAAUUCCAGGAUUUUAGGUAAGAACAUAUACAAUUCUUGAAAGCAGAAAAACUGAAUUUAUUGGAGGAAAGAAGCUCUGAGUGUCUCUAAAUGAGCUGCUGAUCUGAGUAAAAGUGAAACCAACUCAGAGAUUUUAGACUUGGAGCUCAUGUUUUCCUCAGCUGUUCUCUUGGAACCAGCAGAUGGUGCUGGGAGAACAGCCAGAGCUCUUGGUAAUGGGAACACGAAGAACUGGUUCACUACUGGAACUGGAAAAAGUGGACCAUCCAUCCAUUCCCAGUUGCUUAACCUUUUUUUCCUUUCAGGUUUUUAUGCCAUUAAUUUGUGUUUUUUCAAGUAGUGCAGAAUCACAAAGGUGGAUCUGCACCAGAGUCAGCCCCGCCCAUUCACGCAAACUCAGCCCAGCCCACUGACUUCUUCUGUUUGUUUUUUUUUUUGUUUGUUUUGUUUUUUUACUUUAUUGCAAACUAACCUGACCUACAUGAACUACGGCUGUUACUAGUUUACAGUUGUUAAUACUAAAUUCCAAUUAAGCAAGAUAAGUAUAAUUUGCUACAUGAAAUGAAAGGUUCUUUUCAGCAAAUUUCUGCCCACGGCCGCUCCGACAAAAUGCGCCUAAACCAGGGUUUUAGGCUAACCGAUUAUUGUAUGAGCUCUGGUAGUCCAGUGGUGUAACGGUCUGACUUAUGCUUCGUUUUGCCCUCUGCUGACGCUGGUUUGACUCUCACUGGGGUCGGCAGUAAUGUAUUUAGCCAACUGAAACAGAUUUAAUUUAUUAAUAUUUUAGUUUUAUUGAUUAUUUUCUACAAAAUAUUUUAUGUCUCUAAAAAUGUAUUUGAAUUUGGUUGUUUCUAAGCAGCAUUUUAGUUUAAACUCUGGACCCACACUGGCUAAAUAAACAAAGAAGGUAAAAACAAACUGAUUAGUUGUUAUAUUUUAAACCGUUUACCAAUAAAGGGUUGAAAACACAAUAUUGGCAAGAGUAGCUAGGAAAAAAAAAGUUGAUGCCACGACCGGGAGGAGAACCUGCACAAAACUACACACCAGUCUGACACCAUAGUCACCCCACCACUACAUCUGUUACAGUAUGGUUGGUGCCACGUAUCCUAUCUAGUGUGUCUUUGUAGACGGAUGGAUGGUUUUUCUGGCGGUGUCCCAGUAGAAGUCAUUUCAGAAGUCAUUUUUCAGAAAAUCCACAGAAUAUCCAGAUCUGAGAACCAAGACCAGACCUGCUUCAGGGGGAGAAGAAAUGCACAGUAGUGGCUUACUUUCUUCCAUUUGCAGGAAAAAUCUUUACAUUCAAUUCAGUUCAGAAAUACUUUAUUAAUCCCAGAGGGAAAUUGAUUGCUGUAGUAGCUCUGAAUAAUAAUAAUAAUCAAGUCAUCCAAGAGUUAUUGUAUAUUACAAUGGCUGUUGGCAGGAAGGAUCUCCAGUAGCGGUCAGUGUUGCAGCCAAACUGAAGAAGCCUCUGACUGAAGGCACUCUUCCGUUGUCGGACAGUCUUGUGAAGAGAAUGCUCAGGCUGAUUUAAAUCAGAAUAAAAUACAAACUUUAGGCUUCAGUUAAGCUGCGUGUUUGCGUGUAUCUGAUGUCGGCAACAGCCGGGAAACGUUUGUGUUUUCUGAAAAUAAAAUGUUGCUUUUAUGUGAGAUCAGCUGAUGCUGUUUUAACCUCCAACCCUCUCCAAAGCUGCUCUGACUUCUCCAGAGGUUUUGACCCACCCACCCACUCCUUGUUGCAACAUGAAAAAUAAAGUUUUCACUCUCA